AUGUCCAAGGUACAGUUUAUCGCUACAACAACAGACUGCUGGACAGCACACAGAAGAUCAUUCCUAGGUGUCACGGCCCAUUGGUUGGACCCUCUGACGAUGAGACGAUGCUCCGCUGCUCUAGCAUGCUGUCAGUUAGAAGGAUCUCAUACCUUUGCAGUACUCGCUGGUGCCCUGAAUAACAUACACACGGAAUACAACAUCCGGGCGAAGGUAGUGUGUACAACCACUGACAAUGGCUCCAAUUUCAUAAAAGCAUUUAAAGUGUAUGGACAUGAUGAAAACAACAACACAGGAGGACCACUCCAGGGGGCAAGUCAAACCAGAGAAGAGAGCAGUGAUGAGGAAGAAGGCGAACCUGUGGAGAUUGUUGACGCUGGAGGUAUAUUGGAUGAAGAUGAUGGCCUGGAGUAUCAGCUGCCAAAGCAUCAUCGCUGUGCCUGCCACCUUCUCAACCUGGUUGCAACAGUUGAUCUCUCUGCAGCAGAUGCUGAUCCAGUCUAUAAGAGGGUCUCUCGCUCAGCAUUUGCAAAGUGCCACAGUCUAUGGAACAAGACCAGUAGAUCCACCCAGGCUGCAGAGAUCAUCGCAAAAAAAUGCAAACUGCAACUUGUGAGGCCAGUCGAGACGAGAUGGAAUUCUCUCUUCUUCGCUGUGGAGAGGCUCGGAAGAAUCAUAAACGAACAAGGAGAAGAAGCCAUCGCAUCUGUUUGCAGUGCACUAAAAAUCCCCAUGUUGACUCAAGCGGAGAUUGCGUUUCUGAGAGAAUACGCCAAGACCAUGAAACCAGUUGCGAAGGCCGUCAAUAUCCUACAGGGAGAGGCCAACGUGCAGAUGGGAUGGCUUGUGCCUACAAUAACACUGCUCAAGGCUAAGCUCGAACAGUUCCACAUCUCCUCCAAGUACUGUGGGCCAUUGUUGGACGCACUACAAGCAGGACUUGAAAAGCGUUUUGGACAGAUGCUUGGUGAUCCAGAGCUAAUUGCAGCAGCAAUUCUGGUCCCCAAGUUCAGGACGACCUGGACAUGUAACGAAGAGAUCCUAAAAAGUGGUAAGUGACUACUGUACUGUUGCUGAUGCUUUUUAGUUUAUUGAUGAUCAGAUCUUUUUGUCAGAUUUACAGUAUCCAUAAUUAUUUCUUGCAAUAUGCAUUAUUCACUUGUGAAAACUAAAUUACAAUCCUUUUCAAGUGUAUAAAAUAAUUCUGCUGAAUAUAU